UCUCUGCGCUGCCCGCUAGAAUACAGUCUACAGCCGUGAGUGCUACAGAGUUACCACGGACAGACAGAGAGCAGACUGGCUGGUUGGACCGGCGCGUUUCCGAUACAACACUGCAUCAUUGUCUCAGAGCAGAGGGAAGGCAGACUUUAGCACAGGUACAUACUGGUCUUCACAGCUAGAGGCAGAAAUGUUGUUUAAAUUUGCAAUAGUGCUGCUGGUUUUGUCACUUUUGGAGCAAGUGGUGGGAUUGGAUAAUAUCGAUGUUCAUGACAACCCGUCAGAGAAACCGGCAAGCCAGAAAGGACGGAUGUCUCUGCAGAACACAGCUGAGAUCCAGCACUGUCUGGUGAGUGCAGGAGAUGUGGGCUGUGGUGUGUUUGAGUGUUUUGAGAACAACUCCUGUGAGAUCAGAGGCCUGCAGGAGAUCUGUCUGACCUUCCUACACAACGCCGGAAAGUUCGACUCCCAGGGUAAGUCGUUCAUCAAGGAUGCUCUGAAGUGCAUGGCCCAUGGCUUAAGACACAAGUUCAGCUGCAUCAGCAGGAAGUGCUUGGCCAUUAAAGAGAUGGUGUUCCAGCUGCAGAGAGAGUGUUACCUCAGACACAACCUGUGUUCUGCAGCCAAGCAGAACGUUGCUGUCAUGGUGGAGAUGAUCCACUUCCAGGACCUCUUCCCUAAAGGGCCGUAUGUGGAGCUGGUCAACAUCCUACUGAGCUGUGGGGAGGAGGUGAAGGAGGCCUUAACCAGGAGCGUCCGACUGCAGUGUGAGCAGAACUGGGGGGCUCUCUGUGACAGCCUGAGUGUCUGCUCUUCCCUCACCCCCCCUCCUGGUCAGGCCCCCGCCUCCCCCGACCACCGCCGCCACAGGUCCCCCCACUCCGAGCCAGACCACCCCAGACCCCCCCGACAGGGGGACAAGGACAAGCCCAGUAAAGGCGGCUUCAACGCCCACCCCCGCAGCCGCAGCCAGGGUCCCCGUCGACAGAGCCCCGAGGCUGGGGUGGCGGCGGAGCAGGAAGGCUCUGAGGCCACAGACAUCCGGAGGUGAAGAGACAUUGAACCCUAACUAUCCAGAGCCCUCCCUGACCGUGUCACCAUCAUAGCCCCCACCCAACACACACACACAUACACACACACAGACAUACACAUAGACAGAUACUGUACAUGCAUGAACACACACAUCUACACACAUACACAGACUCACUCUCUCUUUCUCUCGCUCUCUCCGUCCUCUAUCCCUCUCUCCCUCUCUCCAUCCUCUCUCCCUCUCUCCGUCCUCUCUCCCUCUCUCCGUCCUCUCUCCCUCUCUCCGUCCUCUCUCCCUCUCUCCGUCCUCUCUCCCUCUCCGUCCUCUCUCCCUCUCUCCGUCCUCUAUCCCUCUCUCCGUCCUCUCUCCGCCCUCUAUCCCUCUCUCCGUCCUCUAUCCCUCUCUCCGUCCUCUAUCCCUCUCUCCGUCCUCUAUCCCUCUCUCCGUCCUCUCUCCCUCUCUCCGUCCUCUAUCCCUCUCUCCGUCCUCUCUCCGUCCUCUAUCCCUCUCUCCGUCCUCUAUCCCUCUCUCCGUCCUCUCUCCCUCUCUCCGUCCUCUAUCCCUCUCUCCGUCCUCUCUCCGUCCUCUAUCCCUCUCUCCGUCCUCUCUCCGUCCUCUAUCCCUCUCUCCGUCCUCUAUCCCUCUCUCCGUCCUCUCUCCCUCUCUCCGUCCUCUAUCCCUCUCUCCGUCCUCUCUCCCUCUCUCCGUCCUCUCUCCGUCCUCUAUCCCUCUCUCCGUCCUCUC